AUGGCGGCAGGAGGGAUUGAUAGUGGAUCCAUUUCCUCGAGGGUUUUAGUGCCUUCUUUUCAUGAUUUCUUGCUGGAAAUUGUUCCAAUGUUUACUGAAGAAAACCUCAGAGCCAUGAAGCGCUUUAUGAAGGAUGUUAUUUCGUUGAAGAUCGGAGUUGAAUGCGAGGCCGCUCGCGAUCUUUUAGCUGAACUGUGGAAAUCACACUGUAUCAGUGAACAUGAUUUGGAUUUGCUCGAAGAUCUGCUUGGCGUCAGUGGUAGGAGAGACAUCCUAGAUAUGUUACGUGAUUAUAAAAAGAAGUGUCCUUCAAAUUUGGAAAGUAUGUCCACAGAACCGAUCGGCGAGCUGAUUCCAGGUAAUUAAAUCAGUGGUUGUGAGUUUUAAAAUUUUCUAUCUUCAACUAGCUCCAAUAAUCAUACAUUUUUUUGAUACCGGAACUGAUGGCAUUCGUAACUUGCUACAAAUUCUUUUUUGAAGAGUAAGAUUGCUUAGGGUUUGGCCACCUGACUGAAAAUUGCAGUCUUCUCUGAGAUUUCGCAACUUGCUUUCUUUGUCUGGGAAUGAAAACACUUAAAAGGGCGGCUAGUAACUUUGGCCCAUUUAGCAAGGCUUACUGUCCAAAUUUCAUGCUUUUUGAGAGUCUCUAAUAGAUCUAUGCUAAAUUGAAAAAAAAAUUGCAGAGUAAUUUGUUUUCAUGCCUGGGCACGUGUUUAAUUAAGCUUAUAGGAUAAUGUUUUCUUUACAGAAGUAUCAAAUAAUUUCUGUAUUUUUAAAAAGUCACGAAAUUCAGCUUUCUUUGUUUACAAUGGUGCUCACUCAAAGGAAUGGACAACAAUGUAAAAAUAAUUAAAGUGUCAUAAUUUCUAUCUUUAAUAUUCUUAUACACACAAUUGCAUACACAUGUGGCCUUAUCUGCUUGUGUCAAUUUCGGGGGUAGCAAAUCCAAGAUUUUGGAUCAGAAGAAAAACUUAAUACUUCAAGGGUCAGCACAAACACUGCUGAGAUUUUUAGGAUUAGAUCAAAAUUUCAGUUUCCAAGAUCCAUGAUUAUUGAUGCAUUAUUUUGUCAUGCCUGUCAUAACCUGUUAUAGUGUGGCAGGCAUGCUAGCAAGCUAAGGUCCUCUUAGGAUAAAACUCUGACAAGCGACGUGCUUGAAACAGUAGCAUAGGGCAGCAGAAAAGGCCACAAAUGAUGCAAAGAUGGGUUGAAACUGCGACAGCAACAGAGAAAAGUGCAAAUACAAAUAUUAAAAUACAUGGCUUCCUCCUCAACAUAUAUAUAGGAUAUUACAUGGCUGCACAGAGAUACAAAAUUUGUCUUUGAGUGUUGAAAAAUAUUCAUGAGUGAAAUAUUUUUCAACGCGAGAAGAAAAAUUUUGUAUCUCCAAGCGGCCAUGUAAUGUUCUAUUUAUUAUAUAAACAUCAAUGAAAUACCAAACCAUUUCACUUUAACAGUUUUUUGGUGUGAAAGGCACGAUUUAUUAUGUAGCCAUAGCAAAGGUGAUAUUUUCACAUGUGAAGAUAGCAUGUUAUUUUCACGUGUGAAGAUAUCAAGUUUUUGCAUGAAAGCUCACCUGGUAUUUCAUUAAUUUGGUGUUUAUAUAAUAAAAGACAAUACGUUUUCAAAUUCAGACUAGGGACAUACAUAACCCCCCUAAAGGCUGGUUAUCACUAGUGACAGAGUUUGAGUCGGAAUCGUAAGCAGAGUUGUAAGAGCACUUAUGAUCUUGUGAAAGUCAAAAUUCAAAGCUGUAAGCAGAAUCAUGAGCUCUACAGAAUUGGAGUCGGAAGAAGCAGAACAUUUCUAUAUUCUUCCAACUCCACUUUUGACCCCGUCGUUUCGUUCCACUUAUGAUCUAGUGAAAACCAGAAUGUCAGAGUUAGAAGCAGAAGCGAAAGGACAAACCAAUCACAAAGCACUUUCCCACACUUUGUGAUUAGUUUAGUUCUUUUGCUUCUGCUUGUGACUCCGUCAACCCAGUUUUCGCUUGAUCAUAAACAACAGAGUCAUAUUAAAGCAGAAUCAGAACACUGUUUUCACUGGAUUGUAAAGCUCUACUCUUCUGAUUAUGACUCUGACUCCAUCGCUAGUGCAAAAAUUCUUUACCAAUUGAGAAGUAAAUUUUUCAAAUGGAAGGUUUUAUAGCAGAUCUAAUACCUUAAGAGGGCCUCACUAGCCUGCGUGCAUGGUGGGGAAUGAAAGGGGUUGGGGAAGGGGAUUGGGAGGAAGUGAAUAAGGGAGAGGGACUGGGGCAAGGUAUGCAGGCCACAGGGCAUUCAUUAGGCAUCGAAGAUCGAAGAAUUCUCCAUUUACUACACAGAAUUCUCCGGCUAACAUGCGAUAGCCUGUGACUAAAUUUUCUAUUCAGACGGGAGCCUCUUUCACAAUAUUCUCCUGUAAAGUUAUGCCUUUCUCCUGCUGUAAAGUUAUGCCUUUCUCCUGCUACUGGAAUUCUUUGUAAGGCCAUGCCUGUUAUAAUACAAAAACUCCAAUGUUAUUUUAUCUAGUUUCUUCCCUUUUAGAACACUUGUGUCUUAAAAGUAAGGAAUUCCCUGCUUUAUCUUAAUUUUGUGUUUCCUUCUUUUUCCUUCUUUUUUUCUACAGCAUGUGGAAGGUCUAUAGUCUCCUUUAUACUACAUAGCAGUGAAGAUUCAGUGACUCAGAACAGGAUGAUUGCUUUCAAGAAAUCUUUGUGCGAGAAUUUAAAGCUAGUACAGGCUGAAGUUACUUUCAUUCUGAGCAUCCGGUUUCCUCAGCCACAUCUGGUAUUUCAAUUGCCGACUGAGGCCUUACCUGUUUUGCGACACUGUACUGGCUGGAGAAAAGGGUGGCUUUUUUCCUUGGAUGUUACAGGGGUGCAGGUGUCUGGUGAACAGGUGAUUGCUGUACAAGAGCUGAAAAUAUCACAGCUUAGGCUGCAGGAAGAUCCAGGUAAAAUAAUAAUCAUUACACAUUGUCAACAAGGGGCCAACAAUAAGCUUAAACUAUAAAAAAAACUAGACAAUGUUGGCUAAUGGAUAGGAUUGUACUAUGCUUACAAUAAGCUAUGUAUCACAGCAAAAAAAAAAGAGAUAAAUGUAGUAUUCACUGGUUUGUAAAUGGGGUGAUAGCUUUGCUAAAAGCUCACACCAGUACAAGGCUUUUAAGUUAGGCAACUUAAAGCCAGGCCAGCAAGUGAAACCCCUCCCCCCCAGGGGGGGGGAUUUUGCUUUCUUUCUGGAGCAAAAUACCACAGGGUACCCAUGCCAUGAGUUUUAAAGAAAAAUUAUCAAAAAAAUAAAGCAAUGAAUAAAGCAACAUGAAAUUGUGUCUUUUUACUUACCUCUCUAAUCUCUCUAGAAACUUGCAUCUGGGCACCAUACAUCUGGCCCACGGACUACUAAAAGAGCAACCUCAUUCCCAGGGUUCUCUCCUACCCGCCCUACGGAGCGAGAGAUAGAGAGACCCUGGAAAACGCUGGUCACGUGGCUCCAGAACAAAAUUAAUUCUGAGGGAGGAGUCCUUUGUCUCGCAUUUUUUUUUUGUCUGGUUUUAUAUUCGCAAUGUUCAGGCAGUGAUCGCAACAGCAAGAUAGAUUUGCUAACCCUACUACAACUAUAACUGAAACUAAGGGAAAUUUCUGCCUAAACAAAACUAUCAGAUAAACAAGUGAGUUACCAGAGAAGGAAUCAAAAAGGAGCAUUGUCGCCGGUUAAACCGAUGACACCAAUCGCUAAAAAUCUACAAUCUUGGGUUAUACACAAGCGAGUUAAUUGUUUGAAGGUAAAAUCCCUGUAUGUUGAACUUAGAAAAGUGUUAAAUCAAUAGAUCAAAGAUAAAAAUAAUUAUAUACCAAGGCGACAUGGAAGACAACAGGAAAUAGUAUAAACAGAGACAAAACAGACAACAUAACCUGCACAAUAGUAGUCUUGAAAACACAUACAGGCACUGUACAUUUGUCUUCUAAAGUGGCCUCCACAACAUGAUGGCAAUUCAAAUCUAGUGCGUUUUGGUAUGAAUACUGCUACCAGGAUACCUAAAUUAUUUUUGACUGCACAAACGGUGAAUCCUCCGCGAUUUCCCGUGCAUGUGCCAAAUGAAAGCAUCGCUGAUAAACAUCCGAUUAACAUCCAGAUAUUCUGUAGGAACUUACGCUUUCGCUGUCAAAGGAUUGUGUGCAUUAUUUUCGGCAUUCAAGAUUAGGUCAGGUACACAGUUUCAUGGCUGCACUGACCUGUCUACGCUCUAUAGAGACAAAGCUCACACUUACCUGCCCCUCCCUCAAAUCGUUUGUUUGUAAUCUCCCAGAUUCUGGGAGCCACAUGACCAGUGUUUUCCAGGGUCUCUCUCUCUCUCGCUCCGUAGGGCGGGUAGGAGAGAACCCUGGGAAUGAGGUUGCUAAAAGGGUAGCAAAUAGUGUGACAUAAACAGCUGGGUUUAUAAUGUGUUUCUUGUUUAUGCUAGUUCUUGUUUCUCCAAUACUGAGAGUCAGCGAAGCAGCCCGAACAGGCGAUGUCUCAGAAUUAAAAAGAGUACUUGAUGCUGAGACAAUUGUGAAGCGAGACUUCUUGCUUAAAACCCGCACUGAUGGUGCCACGCCACUAAUCGUAGCUGCAAGAAAUGGCAACACUGCUAUAGUACAGUGCCUCCUUAAUGAAUAUGAUGUUGACUUGGAGCAAGAGGGAACAGUUAAAAUUGAUGGCGACCUUAUUGAGUGUUGCACGCCACUUUGGAUGGCUUCUCUUGGAGGUCAUUUGGCAAUUGUUAGGUUGCUGUUGGAGCGAGGGGCCGAAGUGAAUCACACCACUCUGACAAAUUCCACCCCGUUAAGAGCAGCAUCUUUUAAUGGCCACACUGAGGUACAGAUUAAAAUGCGUUUGUGUAUAAAUUACAGUCAUUGGUACUUAACUUGAAAUGAGUGCUGGGAAGAAGGCAGUUUUACUCUUAAUCCAAUGUCAAAUUCUCUUUUUGUUUCACAAGAAAGAAAACCCAAGGCAAUUUUAAGGAGAGAGUAGCAAUUUAUCUAAAUAGUUUUUUUUUAGGCUUUUUGGCACCCUUAGCAUGUGUCCUACAGCAGUGUGUGUCAAUUAAUAUUUUCUGCCUGGGCAUUUUAACAUAUUUUUUGUUUCUGAUGUUUUUAUAGGUGAUACGAUGCUUGAUUAGUCACGGUGCAGAUGUCAACAAGCGAAAUCAAGAUGGCAACACAUGCAUCAUGGUAGCCUGUUGGAAUGGGCACCUUGGUACAUUUGGAUUGCUGCGCACAUCAGGAGCAAACAUGGAUGUGCAAGAUAAUCAAGGCUUUUCGAUGAUCCACUGUGCUACAGCAGCAAAUAAUCUUAUGUUGUUACAUGAGCUUCUUCCAGUGCCAAACAUGAGUGCAGUAAAUGCUAAAACCUCCGAGGGUAUCACACCUUUGAUGCUUGCAUGUGAGAAGAACCACCCGGAUGUUGUUUUGUUUUUACUUCAGAGAGGUGCUGCAGUGGAUGAGAGAUCUGACAAAGGCCUCACAGCAGCUCAUUUCUGUGCUCUUUCUAAUGACAUUGCCAGUUUACAGCACCUCAUAGACUACAAAGCAGAUUUGUCAAAGUCCACUGAACGAGGGAGUACGGCGUUGAUGUUAGCCUGCGCUAAAGGCUAUGUUACUAUAGUAACUGCAUUACUUAGAAACACUUCGAAAUCCAAGUUGAAAAGUGAACUCAGCUCUGCUCUAAAGCUCCGCGGACUGACUGGACAACAAAGCUGUCUAGGGCUCCUCUCCACACCUUCAAGAGGAAUGGAUAUAAAUGUUGCCAAUGAAAAUGGCGAGACAUGUCUAAUGAUGGCCUGCGAGAAAGGCAGUGUGGAAAUCGUCAGGAUUUUGCUGGAUGAAGGAGCUGAUCCUAAUGUAUCAGACAAGAAUGGCGUCACUCCGCUCAUGAUCUGCUGUAGGCGUGGUCAGGAUAGAAUCGUGCCUCUGUUGCUGAGAAAGGGAGUUCAAGUGGAUCUGAUGAAUAAUGAGGGUGACACUGCUUUGCACAUCUGUAUACGACAUUAUCGAGAGUUCAGCGGUCAUAAAAAGUGUCUUGAGCAGCUGCUGAGUACUGGAGUUCACAUGGAAAUGAAGGUAAGUCUGGUAACAGUUUCACUCAUUCCCAAAGUUCAUUUUUUAAAGUGCUGAAAAAUAGGCCAUUUCCAACUUCUAAAAACUCUAGUUUUCAAAACGAGGUUAAGUGCAAAACUUGUGAAAAUGAGUUUUAUUUGCAUGAGAAUGAAAAUCAUUUUCAAAUCAAUAGGGCUGCACCUAGCCUCGCUUUGAAAGAGAACCUUGGGGUAACUCGCAAAUGGCCUAUCGAUAGCACAAUGUAAAAGUACUUGACCAAAAUAAAUUCCAGAGCAUUUUGAAGGGGAGUCAUGUAUGUAAAAGAUUUCAUUCUUUCUACUUAAAAAAUGCAUGACUCAGGCUUUAAUUGACAUUGUAAUUAUAUAGAAUCUGUCUAACUUCUUAGAAAAAUGUGAGAACACGAAAAUGUUAUAAACUUUGUUGUGGCAUUAGUACUCUAGAGAGAUACCCUGCAUCUGUUUCUUCUACUAGUAUUAGUACAAGUGUUGUAGUAUAGUGGCUUUGAUUUUUGUCAAAAGCAGGCAAGUCUUAUUGUAUUUUAGCCAAGCUAGCACAUCAGCGGAACACCAUGAGUAAGACAAUUUGGUUAUCUAUGCAUCCAAGAAAUUUUGGUUCUGACAAAAUUGUCCAUACGUCCAUUCCUUCAUGUUGGCAGAUGUGAAAUGGCACACUGAUUAGCUAGGAGUCCAAGGCAUAUACUAUCUGUGUUUCACUUGGUGUUGGGCAUCCAUGUUAUGGUCAAUUGACAGCUGUCAAAAAAGGGUAUCUGCUGACCAGUGUCUCAUGACUGUAUUAUGGGUUCACAUAAACAACUCAUUCAGGUGACAUUUUUUUUCACUUAUCCUCUGUUUUGGUCUUUAGUUGAUCGCAGGCUCAGGUUCAUUUUUUUAAGGUGGUAUUCAGUUUGCCUUUUGCUUGUGGCAAAAGUUGAAUUACUUGAGAAAGACAUUUCUUAAAAGAUCCUACGAGAACUUUGCUUUUGGCCUUGGCUAAAUCUAUAUAUUACUAAUAGGAACACUUCUAGUGGCAGAAAAAUCUUUGUAACUCUACCCUAUUAAGUGUAAGCGCUGUUCUUUUAAUGUAGAAUGCUUUAGGAGAGACACCUGUCUCAGUUGCUCUGAAGAGCAAGGCUUGGUGCGGACAAGCUCUUGAACUACUGCAUGGUAGAGGACUGGAACUCAGUACUUCGCUCCAGGACUCUGCAGGCGAUACUGUCUACCACAAGUGCGCACGCUCAGGUGAUCUAUCGUCCAUGACCUAUCUCUUGGGGAUAGACCAUAGGGGGCCACUACAGAGGAAUCAUGAUGGUGACACGGCGCUCCGAGCUGCAGCGCUUGAAGGCUCCGAAGUCAUGACACGCACACUGCUUAACACUGUCAGCGGGUUCACCAUGAAAGACAAAGUUGAAGCUCUGGAGUUGCUUGGCGUUGGUCUGUUGGCUAAGGAAAUAUCACGUGAUUGGGAUAUCUCUGCAGUGGUGAGUUUCUGGAAAGAAUCCCUAGAGCUCAGGCGCACGAAUGGCAUUCGUCUUCCUGCAAGUGCACCUCGCGAGUUUCCGUUGGAGUAUUUCUUAGAAGCGAGGACGUUAAGUGAUUUCAUGUCAUUUUUGUCGAAUCCCAGCGCUGCUACUGCGCAAGCGCUGCAAAUUUGUGACCGUGUGUUGGGUGACAGACAUUCUCGCCUCCCCUCCCUCCUGGGGACUAUCGGAGAAAGAUUUGCGCAGAUCGGAGAGUUUUGUCGAAGUUUGAACAUCUGGCUCUACGUCCUGGAGGUACAGCUUAGAUCGCUUCCUUCAUCGUCAGAAGCAGUUGAAGAUGUUCUUAACACGUUCCGUUGCUUUGCGGAUGCUUUUGGUUUCGUUCUGAGUCGCAGUGGGGCUGUUCUUCAGUUCAAGACAGUCCAUCACGUCGUCAGAAGUGUUCUCCAGGGCCUCAGAACCUAUCCUACUUUGUAUGAAGCACGUGACAAAAUGAUGGUCUACCUCCUGCACUACCUGGCCGCCAUGCUGGAAGUCGCGACAGCAGAGCGCGACGUAGUUGUUGCCAUGGAUACGGCCAAAGAAGUUGCUAGGGCUCGUUUGCGGAGUACAACAGGCUCCACUCUCCUUCACCUUGCGUGCAGUUCCAAAACCGAGGACAUCAGCUCAUUAAAGGAACACCUUCACUUUCCAAGUCUUCGAGUCUGCGAGUUCUUGCUGGACAGCGGUAUUGACUUGAACGUAGUAGACAAUGCCAGAAACACAGCGCUUCAUGUACUACUCACCAAAGGUCACGCGGAGAAAGACGUGCUUUCCUGUUUGUUAAAGUCAGGCGCUCAUAUGGACGCGCGGAAUUCUUCAGGAAAGACUGCUCUUGAUCUCGCGAGAUGUGAGAAAGUUCGCCAUGUUAUACGCGCUGCCGAACUGGUGCCUAGUCUCCAGUGCCUCGCAGCUGGGAAGAUCGUAGGAGAAAAGAUAUGGUAUGAAGGAAUAGUUCCGAAGAGACUAGAAGCAUUUAUUCAGCUGCAUUAA